GUAAAAGUCCUCCAGAUCUUCCAUUCGUCUUUCGCUCUUGGCUUAUCUCGCUCUCCAAUCACUUCGGCACGAGCAGACCCUGUCGUGCAGGUACACCUUUAGUUUCUCUUUCAUUGCUACCAUAUCCUUGAACUACCUACGAGCUAUAUCAUCAUCCGCUUGUCCAAGGCUUGGAGCUUCAAGAACUUUCAGGCAGGUGCUUGAUGCACGCCCUCCGACUCGCCAGUACUUGUGUUCUGUUCUCCACAACCAGGAUCGAGGAUCUAUCUUUUAAGCGAUGAAGCUCAAAAAACGUGCCUGGAGUGAGAACGCGGAGCUGCAAGGAGCUCUAGGUAAGUUACAGCUAUAAAACCGUCUUCUCGCGUCACAUUUUUAUUGUCUUUGAAUGUCUAUCUUGUGCGGUGGCUAUCCCGCAACUCUCCUUUAACUUUGAACCUCGCAUCGCCAGCAUGGCCCCCAAGCACGCAGCCUUCGCUGCGGCCCUUCUCACGUCCGUGGCACACGCCUCGCUGUACGGCGAAUCCAAUGCCAACCACACUUGCGUACUAGAACCAUCGAUCCUCUCUUGCUCCGCAGGCGCCAACCCUUUAAAGGCCGACACCUGCUGCACCGAGACCUUUGGGGGCCUCUUACUGUCCACGCAAUUUUGGUCCACCUACACCGGCCUCGAAUCUGAGGGCCAACUUCUCCCCGCAAAUACCUGGACGUUGCACGGCCUGUGGCCUGACUUCUGCAAUGGCAGCUACACCCAAUACUGCGACCUGACCCGCCAAUACGACCCAGCUCCCAGCCCCAACACCACGACUGGUCUUCCCAACGGCACCGCCGUACCAGCCUAUAAGGGCCCAAGUAUCGACACCUUCCUCACCCCAUUCGGCAAGUACGACCUCCUCAGCUGGAUGAAUACGUAUUGGAUCAACCAGGGUGCGCCCAACACCGACUUCUGGGCCCACGAGUUCUCCAAGCAUGCGACCUGCUUCUCGACCUUUGAUGUCCCGUGCUAUGGACCUGAGUAUCGCCAGCACGAGGAGGUCGUCGACUUCUUCGAGACCGCGAUCCAAUACUACAAGCGCCUUCCGACCUGGUCGUGGCUGAGCGAGGCGAAGAUCACGCCCAGUAACAGCACUCAGUAUACCUUGUCGGACAUUCAAGGCCAACUGACGAAGAAGUACGGCGCCACACCCUACAUAGGGUGCUCCGGGCCCCGGUACAACACGACCGAGGCAGGGAAGAACAGUACCGACACUGGUCGCACGGUGGUGAGCGAGGUGUGGUAUUAUAGCCACGUUGUGGGCCGCCCUCAGGAGGGAAAUUCGCUUCCGGUCAACGCGACGACGCCCAACUCAAGCUGUGCGAAGGCCAAGGGUGCCUUGUGGUACUAUGAGAUGACUCCGGGCUCUGUGAGGUCCGGAUCGAAGUAAAUGUUCUUGCUUCGGUCAUGAGGAGUCGCCGACGGAGCCGCGAUUACGGAAGUGGAUUAUACAUAAUGUCUGAUGAAGUUGCACACACGAGCAUGUAUAUAAUUUGAGUCCUGACUCAGGCAAAGCACACCGGCAUGGUAUACGGAGUAAUCGAUACCGCUAUCACAAGUUCAAGUUGAACGCAAGGAUGGACAAUAACGCCGAAUCUACAUCCCGACCUAAUCCUCGCAUCACAUGGGCAACAUGCAAGUCACACCAUGAGAAAAUCAAGAGAAGACUUUAAGUUUGCCUAUAUCCUCUGCCGCAUAUUUUACUACGAUCACUCUCCUUGUAACUACCACAGAAACACUGCCCAGAGAGAGGAGCCACGUUACAAACCACUGUCCGCCCCGAAAAAGGCGAGCAAAAAGUGGAACAGAGCGGCAAGCGACGUCCCUCUAGGGCAGUCUCUCACAAUGGUAAACAUAUCCAUGGAAUAUCUCCAGUCAGUCACUGAGAAAAUUGCAGGGGC